AUGGACAAACUCCCAAAACAGCCGACAACCAUGGAAAAACUCCCGGAGGAACUUUUAUCCGACAUUCUGAUCCGAUUACCAGCCAAACAACUUGCUCAAUUUAGGUGCGUCUCUAAGCCCAUGAAUACACUUUUAUCUCAACCAUCUUUCAUAAAAUCACACCUCCAUCGUUCCAUCCACAACAACGAUGAAAUGUUCAUGGUCUUCUACAGUGAGCUCUGUCUUGACGGUGAGAUACCAAUCAUUGCACACCCCUCUCACUCUCCUGAUAUCGAAAACCCUAAUUUCAUUAACUUACCAGCAAGUUUAACUAUCCCACCUGGAUAUACCCACAGUAGUAUUCUUGGUUCUCUUAAUGGCUUGAUAUGUUUUGGUCUAUGGCCUACUUAUACUGUAUUCGUUCGUGAUCCUAUCAUUUGCAUUUGGAACCCUUCUCUAAAUGCCUUAAGGAUUCUUCCUCCAUAUACCAUCCCAGCCUCCCUUGGUUUUGAGGGCAUCGAUCUUCACAUUCGGUUUGGGUACGAUCCUGAAACUGAUGAUUACAAGGUUGUUAAGUUUUCUCGCUUAUUUCAACGGCCAGCUACUGCGUUUGGAAGCUACUUUAAAGAGUGGUUAGAAGUGGAAGUGUAUAGCAUGAGAAAAGGCUCCUGGAAGUUGAUCAAUGACAGGUUUCCUUCUCAUGUGGGUUGGAUUUCUGAGUUUGCCGGUCUUUCUAUUAUUGGGAGUGAUGGGCAUGAUGGCCAUAUUCAUUGGCUUUGUGAACUUAAUGGCAAAAUAACUAAGCACGCGAUAGUAGCAUUUGAUUUGGCUACUGAGACUUUCGGUGAGAUACCUCUUCCUGAUUCUAUACAACAGUAUAAGAAGGACAGGACGAAGCUUUUGGGACAUUUGUCUGGAAAUCUUUGUGUGAUGUCAUACAUGGAAGAUGGCGACAUCGAGGUGUGGGUGAUGAAUGAAUACGGGGUGGCUGAAUCAUGGGUGAAACACCAUGUAUUUUCCCAGUUUAGUGGUAAUAUAGUUCCCCUUGGAUUCAUAUUAAAUAAGGAUUUCCUUCUGCAAGGUGAUAAGAACCGUCUAGCUUUGUAUGAUCAAAUUGCUGCCAAGGCUAAUUCCUUGGAGGUAAUUGCUACUUCAAGAUUUGGUUUUGACAGGGUCAAAAUCAUUUCUUAUGUUGACAGUCUUGUUUGGAUAGCACCUGCUAGUUAG